AAUAUUGGUAGGUAUAUAAAAAGAUGCUCAAAAAUGACCGUAGAAUAUUAAUUGCCAUCAUUGGCAAAACACUGUAAACAUAGUGUUAAUAAAUAUCCAAAAAUUAUAUUUAAAAACGAUGGAGUUUAAAUUUUUUUUAUCAUUUCUGCUGAUGAUUGGCGGAUCAAUUGCUAAUCAAUUUAAAAUAUACAAUGGUUGUCCAUUUACGAUCUGGCCUGCUAUUCAAGGUAAUCCAGGAAAGGCACACCUUGAAGGGGGUGGAUUUCAAUUGGGAAAAUAUGAAGCAAAGUUUGUAAAUACACCAACUGAUUGGGCCGGCAGAAUUUGGGCAAGAACAAAUUGCGAUGGUUCAGGAAGAUGUGAAACUGGUGAUUGCGGAAAUAAAAUACAAUGUAAUGGAGCUGGUGGUGUACCACCAGCAUCACUUGCUGAAGUGACAUUAAAAGGUGCUGGUGGACUUGAUUAUUAUGACAUUUCUUUGGUUGAUGGAUACAAUCUGCCCAUCAGAAUGACACCAACUGGUGGAUAUGUCAAGAGAGAUAAUGGUCAAUAUGAUUGCAAAUCAGCUGGUUGUCAUGCCGAUCUGAAUGCAAAAUGUCCAAAGGAAUUGGCUGUUAAAAAUUCAGGUGGUUAUACUGUUGCUUGUAAAAGUGCUUGUGCAGCUUUUAAUACUGAUGAGUACUGUUGUCGUGGUGCUCACAAUACUCCGCAAACAUGUAAAAGUAAAGAUUGGCCGGUCAAUUAUCCGGCAAUAUUCAAAUCAGCUUGUCCUGAUGCAUAUAGCUACGCCUAUGAUGACACAACUAGUACCUUUACUUGUAAAGGUAAUCCAAAUACAAAUUAUGAAAUUGUUUUCUGCCCAUAAAACUUUUUUACAAAGUUAAAUAUUUAUUUUGAACAUAAAUUACCUAUCAAGGUGCAAAUAUAUAUUAUAUUUUUUUAAUAUAUGAAUUUGUUGCGUGACACAAACUCAACACAAAAUUAUUGUAACUUGAUA